AUAGUCCUUCAUCAGUUUGAACUCGCCCGUCUCAACCGGUGUUAAUGUCACAAUCGGGCAAUCAGUCGCCAUAUGGCGGGGCCAAUGCCAACAUGAUGGGCCCGGGGGGUGGGGCGGGGGGCGGUAACCCCAUGAUGUCACCCAAUCCAGCCGGCAGUCCUAUGAUGUCGCCCGUGAGCCACGCCGGCGGUGGGGGUCCAGGGGUGCGUGGACCUUUGCGCACCAAUAAUAUGGGUCUGAUUCCGGGUGGGCCACGAUUGGCCAGUCCGGGCCAGCCCUACUACAAUAUGCGGGCCGGUUCGCCUCAGCCCCACUUGGCCACGGGCCUGAUGCGGCCCAUGGGCGGUGGGGGCGGAGCUCGAACCGCGGGUCCGCUUAAUCGACCGCCGGGAUAUAUGUCGCCACAACCUAGCAACAACACCAUGAACUACAACCAUCAGCAACACCAACAGCAACAACAAAUGAUGCGCCUGCAACAACAACAACAGCAGCAACAACAGCAACAGCAACAACAACAUCAGUCAAAUAGUGGCGGAGGAAACAUGAUGGGGAGUAACAGCAACCCGGAUUUUUCAAACUUGGGUCAUAGUAAUUUUGUCUCGGGGAAUACUACUACGAAUCCUUCCGGCGGCGAUGUCGAUAUGAUGGGCGCCUCGGACGGAUCCCAAGCCCAUCCCAACGAUUCCGCCAACUACAACCCCACCAUGACGUCUGGUCCAGGGAGCAACAAUCCGCAAAGGGCGACCACACCCUCGGUUCCCUCGCCCGCCCCAGGUACGGCACAAAAUUCUUCCGUCUCUUCUCAACCCCACCCUCCGCCACCCCAACAACAACAACAACAACAACAACAACAACCACAGCAGCAACCACAACAACAGCAGAGUGGAAAAGAGUUCAAUGGAGCUACGCUCUGUCGUAUAGGCCAAGAGACCGUCCAAGAGAUUGUGAGUCGUAUCCAGGAGGUGUUUAGUUAUCUCAAAUCGUUAACGCCUCCAGUGGGUGCAGCAGAUCCAGAUCGAAUUACGAUAGAAAAGCAACAAAGGCUGCAAGAAGUGCUAAAAGGUAUUGCUCUCCUCUUCAAACGGCUCCAUUUGUGCUGGGGCAAAGCCAACGAAUACACAGUAGGCAUGGAAUAUACCAACGUCGAGACUCUUAUUCCACUGAAGGUCGAAAACAACCUUUCUUCCCGCGAUCUGAAGACUGAAUUAGAGAAGAAACGGGGCGACGCCUACCGACUGGCGUUGGAGGAGCAUUCGGAAUUGGCCCAUCAACUGACCUUGAAAAACCGACAUCUCAAAGAGAUCAUCGACCAAAUGAGGAACAUUGUUUGGGAAAUCAACACCAUGUUGGCCAUGCGUCAGAAUUGACAAUCGUUGCAUAAAUGUUGUUAUAAACCAA